AAGUCACGUGAGCUGCCAAAAUGGCGGCGCUGAGGGGUGAGGCUGGUGCAGACGUGAAAGAUGCCGGUGUGGUACCAUUAGGAACUGGGGAAGCGCCCAAGGUAGGCAGAAGCCCGGAGUUGUAUAAACAGUGCUUUCUGCAGCCUCUUCUGAGGUGACUCACAGAAAGUGAAUCUGAAAAUCUGCAAUGAACAGCGCCCGUGCCCAUUCAGGGCAAUAUCAAGUCCCCUACGUAGGAAGCGCAGAAAACGUGGAAGACCCAAAGACUAUUCAUGAAGCUUUUCUCUUGCUUUCGAUCCUUUGUACGGGAUUUUCCUUCAACUUGGAAUACUUCCCUGCUCCUCCCUUCUCCUCUUUCGGAUAUUCAUGACAUCAGAAUGGCAACAUAUACACGUGGUCAGCCUAGUCCUUCUCUAAGAGAUGCAAAACUCGGAAGACCAAUGGUCAUCGAAAUCAUAGAAAAAAAAUUUGAAUAUCUUCGAAAAGAAAAGACCUUAAAUAUAUAUGGAACACUGACCCUUGGCACAACAGCUGGUUUUUCUGGAAUACUGGCAAACUUCAUUUUCAGACAUUGCUUCAAGGUUAAACAUGAUGCUUUGAAAACAUAUGCAUCAUUGACUACACUUCCAUUUUUAUCUACCAUAGUUGCUUACAAGCUCCUUGUAACCGAUGCUUUGUAUUCAGGUAACAUAAGCAAGGAAAACUGUGUCCUUAGAAGUUCACUGGUUGGCAUAGUAUGUGGUAUUUUAUAUCCCUCUAGUUUGGCUUUUUCUAAAAAUGGACGCCUGGCAGUCAGAUAUCAUACAGUUCCACUGCCAUCGAAAGGAAGGGUUUUACUCCAUUGGAUGCUGCUUUGUCAAACAGAGAUAAAAGCAAUGGUGAUUCCUCUAGUCUUUCAGACAAUGUUUGGAAUACUUAUUGGUUUACAGCAUUAUUCACUGUUUGAAAAAACACUUGCAAAAACGGUACAUGAAGAUUAAUCAAAGAAUGGGUACUGAUUCAGCAAAAUGGUUUUUUUUUUAUGAUGAGUACUUGGAUAUUGUGGAAAAAAUUGAAAGUCACUCUGGACAGAGAACUUGUCUCUGUUUCGCCUGCUAUAUUGCAGAUACUUAAUAAAUAUUCAGUAAUUCAGUAAAUGUAAAACAAUGUGAAAUAAUAAUUUUCAUCUUUCUUUCCUCAUUAAAUGCACAAAGCAGUUGGA